GUUCCUUCCCUUCCCUUCCCUUGUCUCUGUUGGCUACCUGUAGCUUUUCCAUCUCCGAUUUCCUUCCCAGUUGAAGGAUUCUGAUUCUGUUCUUGUUUCGAUUGAAACAGUGUUUUGAGUAAUUCGUUUGAAUUUGCUGCUCCGUAGUGAUCGAGAAUGUCUGGGCGUGGAAAGGGAGGCAAGGGGCUUGGAAAGGGAGGAGCCAAGCGUCACCGUAAGGUCCUCCGGGAUAACAUUCAGGGGAUCACCAAAACCUUCUCAAGGUUUGAACCUGGGAGGCAGGUUGCCCCCGUAGAUUCACAUGGGGGUGAAGUCGCCAAAGGUACUGUGGUCCAGGUACGGGGUCUGGGAUUUCAAACAAUAAAAAGGGUAGAAGAAUCUUCAGUGAGAAUCGGAGAAAUGGGGUGUGUUGCUUCGAGGACGAUUGAUAAGGAGGAGAGGGUGCAGACCUUCAAGGAGAGGAGGCUGAUGAAGCAGCUUUUGGUCCACAGGGGUGAAUUCUCGGGUGCUUUAUUGGCCUACUCGAGAGCACUUAAAAUAAGAACAACAUGAACAAGUCGGGUCGGGUAUUAAAUAAAUGGGUAUGACGAUAUCUGAUCGGGUCGAUAGGGAGGCUAUGUAAGCGAAAAUGGACCAGAUGUCACAGAUCUCACGGUGUUUAAUCCGAGUUAGCUACUCCGUCAAGAUUUGUAACAGAAAGGAUCAACGUUGCCUCAUUUACAAA